AUGAAAGCAAAAUUUGAUAGGCAAUGAGACAAACAAAUAGUCUUCCAAAUACUUCAGUAUGGAGCUACCAACAAUUUACUUCUACUUUUCAUUUGGGAAGAGAAGCUUCCUACAAGGUUACCACUGCAUUCAGAUUUCAGAUAAAAAAGCUGUGAACCACUUUCCCAUGUAUGUUAGCUGUCAUUUGACUCAUUUUCAAAUUCCAAGAUAUAAGAAAUCUUUCCAGGUAUUUUUUUUCAUCCUUUAAAUGUACGGAAGUUUCAUAAGUUCCAAGGGCACAUGUAAGGGCAAUAAUUAAAACCAUAGGCACUGAAAAGAGUCAUCAGCCAUGUGCGUACGGAGAAGGGAGGUGGGUUCAUUUCUUUAAAAUUCCAAGUUGACAAUAUUCCAGUUGGAAGAACCUCCAGAGUGCCAGUGAAUAUAAUUUCACUUCUCCAUCUCCCUAUAAAUACCAAUCACUAAACCCAGGUAUCAAACUCCUUCAUGUACUACUACAGCACUUACAGUUUUCACUUUCUCAUUUACUUCCAUUAAGAAGUCAGGUUUCUUUCACUAACUCCUAAUAGUCCUAAAUUGGGAUUUCACUCUCAUAUUCUUCCAUUAAAGAGUCAGUUUCUUUCAGCAACUCCUAAAUCUACCAACAUGAUUUUUCGGUUGUCUUCUAUGAUUGCACACACCAAAGAAAUUGUAUUAAAGAGGCAUAACAAAAUUCAGGGUGGAGUUCCAAAGGGUCACCUUGCUGUAUACGUGGGAUACUAUAGUGAGGGCAAGAAACGGUACGUGGUGCCUUUAUCUUGCUUGAAUAAUCCUGCAUUUCAAGCACUGCUUAGCCUUGCUGAGGAAGAGUUUGGCUACAGUCAUCCCACUGGUGGACUCACCAUUCCCUGCGAUGAAGAAACAUUCAUCCAUUUAGUUACCUAUCAAUUUUAUUCACUGUGAACAUGUGAAGGUUGACAAUAGGAUAACAAGCCUACACCAUAUUAACAUUAAAUUUCUUCAUCAUCAUUUUUGUUUGGUUCUUGAUAAUUUCUUGAUAUCAAGCUAAUAUCAUGAGAACCAAAUUGCACAAGUGUAUAUACAAAACUCUUUUUCCACUCUAUCUCAUUGAGUGGACUUCUUUUUGGUAGUUACUUAACAAAUCCAUAAUUUGUGUAAUCAUUGUCAUAUUGUUUUGGCAAGCAGCCUUUAUUAUAAACAAGAUUAAUUGCAUGUUUUGAGUGACUUAUGUUGAAACUCC